UCUGUCACCCUGGAUGUUGACACAGCUCAUCCCAGAUUGGAAAUUUCUGCAGGUGGGAAGAGUGUGAAAGAUUCUGGUGUCAUCAGAGACUUGCCCAGCAAUGAGAAGAGAUUGGAUUCCCAUCUCUUUGUGUUCGCAAAGGAAGGAUACAGAUAUGGGAGAUCAUACUGGGAAGUAGAUGUUGGGAAAAGAAGAAACUGGGCCUUGGGAAUUGCCCUGGAAUCUGUGCCUCGCAAAGGACCAUUGACUCUGUCCCCUCAGAAUGGCUUCUGGGUCAUUGCACGUGAAGAUGGGAGAGACUAUUGGGCCUACACAGAUCCUUGGACUCGACUGAGUGUGACUGGGGAGUUGUCCGUCAUUGGGAUCUUCCUGAGCAUCCCAGCCAAGAAGGUGUCUUUUUACGAUGUCAUUAAUAGAACAUGUCUGUACACUUUUAGUAUUGCUGCUGGCAGGACCCAGGAAGAGAAAUUCAUUCCCUUCUUCUCCACAGGCCCUGCUGCUGCAGGGCCUGACCCUGAGCCUCUG